AUGGAUCCAGAAGCCCUGGACCCAGACGGCGGACUGCCCAUCAGCGCCUAUGCAAAGCUCGAGUUUGAGCAAUUCAGCUUCUUCAUCCAAACGCUGACCCUCCUACUCGGCCGCAAAGCUAAACCGGGCGACAAUGUCGAUGUCCAUCUCGGCGCCUCAAAGUCAAUAUCGAGGAACCAUGCCAAGAUCCACUACCACUUCCAUGCCUCUGCCUGGGAGAUUGAGGUACUGGGCAAGAAUGGCGCCUUUGUUAAUGAGCGCUAUGUCGGCGCAGGCGAAACAUUCCCGCUGCAUAAUGAGGAUAAGCUACAAAUUGCAGAGACACCUUUUACUUUUCUGCUGCCAGAAGGAGCGGCGCCGCCCAUUGAUCCGUCAGCGUUGGCGCAUGGCGACUUUGAUCCGCUCAUGGCCAUGCCUGUCAUUGCCAGCUUCCAAAGACCGCAAGCCUCGUACGCGACGCUGAUUUACAACGCCAUCACCUCACACCCCAACAAAAAGAUGACUUUGGCUCAAAUAUACAACUGGAUCUGCAUUCAUCAUCCAUACUACCGCUAUGUCAUGAAUGGCUGGCAAAACUCGAUCCGCCACAAUCUCAGUCUCAACAAGGCCUUUAUGAAGGUGACUCGAACGGAGAAUGAGCCUGGCAAGGGAGCCUUCUGGGCGGUG